UCACAUAAUAAAAUCGUCGAAGGAUGAUGGGAAUCGCCAUUGCGCCAAUUUGAUGCAGAAGGAAGGAAGGCGGCAGAGUUGUAUUUUGAUUGGUAGCGAACAUGGAGGUACACAUUUCAGGAACAGAAACAGAAACAGAGUGGCAUCCUAAGAAAGGAAAUUAUUUAGAAGGUUUUGAUGAGCAGAAACUCAAAGAAAUUAUUGCUGAAGGUGAAUUAGAUUUUGAUGGGUGGACUAAGCUUAUAUCGGAGGUCGAGAAUUUCUUUCAUGAUGAAAUAGAGAAUAUAUGUUUAGUCUAUGACUCCUUCUUGUCCGAGUUUCCUUUGUGCUAUGGUUACUGGAGGAGGUAUGCUGAUCACAUGAUGCGCUUAUGCACCACUGACAAAGCUGUUGAUGUCUUUGAACGAGCUGUGCAAUCGGCAACAUACUCUAUUGAUGUUUGGGUUGACUAUUGCGGCUUUUCUGUUUCAGUUUUUGAAGAUGAUAAUGAUAUUCGACGGCUAUUUAAAAGAGCCAUGUCCUAUGUUGGAAAGGAUUACUUAUGUCAUACCUUGUGGGAUAAGUAUGUUGAGUUUGAGUUUUCUCGGGAGCAAUGGAGUUCCUUAGCUAAUGUUUAUAUCCAAACCCUAAGAUUUCCAUCCAAAAAGCUACAUCAUUAUUAUGAAAGUUUCCAGAAGUUGGUUGCCACUUGGAAAGAGGAGAUGCAAUGUCCGAAUCAUAUGGAUUUACUGUCAGAUCCCAGAGUAGAAAACGAAGUCUCUUCAUGUCAUACUGAUGCAGAAAUUUCUUGUAUCAUCAAAGAGUUGCUGGAUGCUUCUACUGGCAUGGAUGGAACUGAAGCACUGGCAAAAUACUUGUCCAUUGGGAAGCAAUUUUACCGGGAGGCUUCUGAGUUGGAUGAAAAAAUACAUCACUUUGAGGCUGGCAUUCGAAGGCGUUAUUUUCAUGUGAAGGAACUUGACAUCAGUCAAUUGGAUAACUGGCAUGAAUAUUUAAACUUCGUAGAGAUGCAUGGUGACUUUGAUUGGGCUGUUAAACUUUAUGAGAGAUGCCUAAUUCCAUGUGCUAAUUAUCCUGAGUUUUGGAUGCGUUAUGUGGAUUUCAUGGAAAGUAAGGGUGGAAGAGAGAUAGCAAACUUUGCACUUGCCAGAGCAGCAGAAGUUUUUCUAAAGAGAAUGCCAGUGAUACACCUUUUCACUGCUAGGUUUAAGGAGAAAAUAAGGGAUGUUUCAGGUGCACACAUAGCACUUCUUCAUUAUGAGAAAGAAUCAGAUCUUAGUUUUGUUGAAACUGUUUCAAUAAAAGCUAACAUGGAAAAGCGUUUGGGUAACUUUGUAGCAGCUUCUAAUACAUACAAAGAAGCAAUGGAAAUUGCUGCUGUGAAGCAAAAGUUUGACAUUCUUCCCAUAUUGUAUAUUAAUUUUUCACGGCUUCAAUACAUGAUUACCAGUAACAGUGAUGCUGCCAGAGACAUCUUAAUAGAUGGUAUCAAAUGUCUGCCUCAUUGCAAAUUGCUUUUGGAGGAACUGAUAAAAUUUGGAAUGAUGCAUGGAGGGCCUAGGGACAUACAUGUUUUAGAUGCUAUAAUAAACGAUGUGGUAUCUCUACGGCCAUCUCAAGGUAUGGAUGCAAAAGAAGCAGAGGAGAUAUCAAGCUUAUAUUUACAGUUUGUUGAUCUUUGUGGAACCAUAGAUGAUAUAAGAAAAGCAUGGAAUCGCCACAUAAAAUGUUUUCCUGAGUCUGCAAGGGGGAGCACAUAUAAGUUUUCUGUUAUCAAUGGUAUAAAAUCUUUACCCUUGAAGAUAACUGCUUGUAGAAGACAAGGGAGUCCUGAUCCUUUGCCUUCACAUCCAUCUGGGGAUAGAAGCUUAGACAUCCCAGUGCAGUCACCAUCACGAGACAAUAUAUUGAAACCUUUGGAAAAUGAUGAUGCCCAGCCUAACCAUGCUGCUUUGGACUGUGUACCAGACACGAUAUCACCAUUUCUGGAAGAUCAUGAAAUUCCCCUUUACCAGGCUACAGUCAACAAGCUUCAAUCAGGAGAAGUUGAUGAAAGUUUGCAGGGGGGGAGGCAGCACAGCUCUGAGGAGGUUUCAAACAAGCUUCAAUCAGGAGAGGAUAUAAACACUACUACCAAUAUGUCAUCUCAUAAUUUAAUACAGGAUGAAAUGAGAAAUGGAGUUGAAGCAUUAGAAACUUCAGAAGAAAAUUCUAAGGAAAAUAAAUUCAGGCAAGAGCUUGAACAUAAGCCUGAACAUGAUGUAAAUGAACUUCCAUUGGAGAGACUUUCAUUGGGUCAACUAGAUCGUGAGUCUUUGGAUUCAAUCAGUUUUGCAAAUCAGGAGGGUGAAACUUUUGUAGAAACCAGCUUACCAAAUGAAAGCAUGGUGGAAAAAGAACCUCCUCAGGAAACCAGCAAGCUCAAUGGAAUUAUGCCGGAGGUUGCUCAAAGUAAUGAUGGAUAUAACCUGGAAUCUAGUCCAAGGAGUGCUCAAGCAUCUGAUUCUGCUGGAAUUCAAACUGAAAUGAGCAGUCCUUCCUCUCUGGCAAGUCAGCAGAACAUCAAGAAAACAGAGCCACUUGUGCGGAGGACUCCUCCAGAUGAUGUUGGAAGUUGGCAUCAAAGGAGUAAUGCUGAUAGAGUUCACCGAGAAAAUAAAUUUGGCCAUCGAAGGCACUCUCAUAAAAGACAGCAUCAAAGGCAACAAAUGUCUCCAAAAAGGCAGCAUUCGCGAAGUGAAACUGGCACACAAGUGCCUAUGAGUCAAGGUUACCCCAGUCAGUCCAUGUAUUUGCAGAGCCCACAAGUUCAACAAGGUGGCCAAUCACAGAGUCAAUACUCCACAUCUGCUGCUCAUCCUAAUUUAGCUGCUGUUCAUAACUGGUCUAUGCAGGAUGUGCACCAACAGAAUUUUGCCCCUUCUCAGACUCCACCUGCUCCUGUACCUGGUUAUCCUCAAACGCAGAUCUCUCAAAAUCCCAUGCAAAGCAAUGAGCAGCUUGGGCAAAUGCAGACUAAUCAAGCAUAUAAUCACAUGUGGCAAUAUUAUUACUACCAACAGCAACAGCAGCAGUUUCUUUUGCAGCAGCAGCAACAGCCUCUGCCUCAGCAGCAGCUUGUACAGCAACAGUAUCAGCAACACCCACAGCUGCUACAAGUGCAACAGCAAUAUCUUCAACAGCAACAAUUACCCUAUCAGCAGCCACAGCUGCUGCAGCAACAACAAUUUAUUCAACAGCAACAGUAUCUGCAGCAGCAGCAACAACUACAACCGCAAGGCUCAUAUCAGCAGCAGUUUCCACCACCAAAUCCCCAUCCUUACCGGCAGCAGCAGCAAGAACAAGAAAAAAGACAGCAAGAAGGACAGAUUACAGCAUCUCAGGUUCAGACACAGAGUGAAUUGAGCAAAGAGGAAUCCAUGAUGGAACCAAGGCGACAGACAACAUUGCAGGUCCAAGAUCCAUUGCCUUGCAGGAAUGAUGCAUCUGAAACUGUAUUAUCUACAAUAUCUCCCAAUUCCCAGCAGGGAUAAUCUCCAAUCCAAUGAUAUUGAGCUACUGUUAGGUGUAAUGAUCUUCAGAUCCUCUGCUUUCAGCCAAUGACUUAUUCAAUGGUUAUAAUGUAAUUUUAGGGCGCAUACCAUCAAACACUUUCAUUUCGUGUGGUAAAAUCUCGAAGACAUUACUCUUUA